UUUGGUUGGUAGCAUUGGUUGAUCAGUUUUUAAGCAGUUGUAACCUAACUUUUUUUUUUGUUAUUAUAAACAUUGAAAAUGUUGUUUUACUCGUUCUUCAAGUCUUUGGUCGGAAAAGAUGUGGUGGUCGAGCUGAAAAAUGAUUUAAGCAUAUGUGGAACACUGCAUUCAGUUGAUCAAUACUUGAAUAUAAAGCUGACGGACAUCAGUGUUACGGAUACAGAGAAAUAUCCACACAUGUUAUCUGUUAAGAGCUGCUUUAUAAGAGGUUCGGUUGUGAGAUACGUCCAGUUGCCAGCUGAUGAAGUGGACACUCAAUUGCUGCAAGAUGCGGCAAGAAAGGAGACCACUGUUCCAACAAGAUAAGAUUUAUUAUAUUUAAACACAAAUCAUAUAAGGACAAAAAAUGGAGACAAUUAAGAAAUCUUUCGUUAUAUAUAUUAUUUCUUUAAUGUACUAAAUUUAAGAUACAUUUGUAAGUUU